AUGACUGACUGCAAACCCACGUCUCUUCCUGCUAAUCCAAAUAACCGACCCUCUCCAACAAUGGCACCAAAGUCAGAGGAAGAACGCCUUCAAAUGGAGAAGACACCAUUACGUGAAGCAAUCGGAUCACUCAUGUACUUGAUGGCAACGACUCGGCCUGAUAUUGCCCUGGCAGUUAAUCAAGUGGCUGCGUUUGUGUCCAACCCAGGACCAGACCAAUGGGAAGCGACAAAACAAAUUUUCUCCUACUUAGCUGGGACAGCUAAUUACGGGAUUUUCUAUGGAGGUCCAAUGUUGUGCAAUGAAUCUUCACCACUACACGGCUUCACGGAUGCCAACUUCGCUGAAGAUCUCGUCGCAUGCAAGUCAACGACCGGAAUUCUCUUCACUUUCCAUGGAGGUCCAAUCUCUUGGGGUAGCAGACUGCAGCAGGCCACAGCACUAUCAACGACUGAUGCUGAGUUCUAUGCUGCCUCGGAAGGAACAAGAGAAACCGUGUGGCUAAAGGCGCUCUUGACUGAAUUAGAUGUUAACGUUGGCAAAAUUCCCAUCCAUUGUGAUAGCAGGUGUGCCAUUAGUAUCAUUGAAGAUCCAGAGAAUCACCAACGGGUGAAACACAUUGAAGUUUAA